UGUCGUGUGGGUCGGGUGUGUCGCUGCGACCUCUGUCCUCUCCACCACGUGACUCUCAUCACUGUACACUAAUAAAAGACUUUUGUCUCAGUUUCUCCUUUGCGUUUUGAGAGAUUUUUUGUCAAAUAAGUGUCUUGGAUUUUUUUUGCGGAUCAGCUGACGAGAGAAAAGUGAUAAAUGAUAACGUAGUUAGGAGUUAAGUAUAGGCAGCUGGUUGUGUGUUUAACGAGGAUAAACUAGUCGUUAUGUAAUUACCCCUCAAUACCGACUUUCUGGCCCUAAUAUGCGUUUUUUAAGAGAAAACUUGUAAAUAAAAGAAACCUUAACGCGGAGGUGGAUUACGAUCUGUAGUUCCCUCAUGCUGGUGAAGGGCACUUGAUCCAAUGAAUUUGAGUUGCCCCUCUGCAUCCUUGGAUCUAAACAGACUGCCUCCAAGCAUCCAGGCGCUGUAUGACCCCCGACGGUUUUAGCUCUGCCAUCUUAUUAAAAUACGAUUUGUGGUCGCAACACGUACGACACGAUUUAUACAAAAAAGUUCAGUGAUUAUAUGAGUCAGAUGUGUGAUCCAUACGGAUUUAGAGCUUAUUAUUUUUAAUAUGCACGAUCCGCAGUAACCAUCUUAGCGUAGGGAAGAGGACAACUUUUAUGUGAACCAGCUGUGUGUCGUGAAGACCAGCUGAUCCAGGACCAGCUGUAGAGGGAGUGAACACAGCAGGCAUCUCGGACACCACCUGGGAAACGAAUAAGGAUGGGGAACUUGGCAGCUGGUGUGACAUGUCUGCUGCUGCAGCUGGUGGCAGCUGGAAGUGUCUUCAGUGCGCUGCAAAAGGGAAUGCCUCAGGUGUGUGAGUACCAGCGGCAGCUGCAGGUGCAGGUGAAGGUACCUACUCUUCACACCUUCACCGCCUCCGUCAGAGUCUACCGUCCCGGCUGCUACACCAACACCCCCACCUGUGUCCACUACGAGAGGAGGACGCAGUAUAAGACAGUAUAUCAGGACCAGAACCAGGUCGACACCCGCAGAGUCUUCGCCUGCUGCCCAGGAUGGUCGACACAGGAUAAGGUGAAAGAUGGAGAGCAAACAGAGGAAGUAAAGGGAGGUGAUGGAGGAUGCUCCAUCAAGGCAAAAAGUCCAUCGUCUAAUGGUGGUCAGGAAAUAAUACAUGAAGGAGAGGUGUACUAUCUGGUCGUCGAUCCUCAAGAUAACAGCAGCAGCUCUGACACAGAUAAAGAUCUAAAACGACUGGUCGUCAGCGCAGGAAGAGCCAGAGAGAGAGAUGAAGACAAAAUCUCCUUGGAACAGCUUACAGACUCGAAUGAGUAUAAUAAACAUGGAAGGAAUAGAGGUGUUAGUCACUACCCCAUUACACAAGAUAUCUACAAAGAAAAUCUUGAUUCCAGCAAUCACAACUUCGUACCUUUGGCACGUAAUGCUAGAAGAGAGACUUUGAGGGACCAACCACAUCAACAGCCACCAGUUACAUCAACCACAAGUCCUCAACCACCAUCAGUCACAACCACCAGACGCCAUCUAAAAGCAACCUCUAGCACAAUAAACAGACGCCAUCAUGGCCACCAACACAGAACCUUCCUCGCUAGCCAAACCACACCCAACACUGGUCGACGUCGCCAGCGCCACCACAGAGGAAGGUCUCCCACCAGCAGAGAUCAUAACGUCGACGUCAAGACGACUCACAUCUCAGGGAGCGACAGUUACCGCCAUCGCCACAGCAUCAAUGACACCCGCUAUGACGCAUACAGCUACACCAUCAUCAUGACUGAUGGAAAGAGUGGACGACGAAGUGGUGGAGGUCGGGGAGACCAGCCUGCAGACCAGGAGACUGAGGACGAUGUAUCGCUCUUGGAGGAACUUGCAGAGACCUCGUCUAAUGUGCCUUAUGCUGUGUGUGGCCGCAUCUACUGUCACAAUGGUGGUCGCUGUGUGUACAACCGUUGCAUCUGUCCUGUCGGGUUCUUUGGCUCCCGCUGUCAGUAUGACGUGGACGAGUGUCGUCAGAACAACGGCGGCUGUGAUCAGAACUGCAAGAACACCCACGGUGCUUACAUGUGCUGUUGCAGUCCUGGAUACAGACUCAUGUCUGACAACCGCUCGUGUCAUGACGUGGACGAGUGUGACUACCACAAUGGUGGGUGUUCCCACGAGUGUGUCAACACAGAGGGAUCAUAUCAGUGUGGCUGUAGUCGUGGUCACCGCCUCCUGUCCGAUGGACGCACCUGCAUAGGUGAGGAACUUUGCAGUGUAAGGAACGGCGGCUGCCACCACGUCUGCAAUGAUUCUUUAGGGAGGGUCGUCUGCUCCUGUCGCCCUGGGUACCGUGUGGGUGUGGAUGGACGAGAGUGCGAGCUAGUGGACCCUUGUUCUGUGGAUAAUGGCGGCUGCCAUGACCACUGUCAGGUCGAACUUGGUCGUGUUCGUUGCUCGUGUCGUCGAGGCUUCACUCUGGCAGACGACCAGAUCUCUUGCACUGAUGUGGAUGAGUGCCAGAUGCCAGGCUCCUGCAGUCACCAGUGCCGCAACACCUGGGGAUCCUACGAAUGUUUUUGCAAUGCCGGUUAUCAGCUUGGCACAGACCAUAAAUCAUGCUAUAUGAUUGAUAUGGAGGUGAUCAACUCUUGUCUGGAGAACAACGGUGGGUGUCAGCACAUGUGUCGUCAUGGACCAGGAGGACCAGUUUGUACCUGUCAUCCAGGGUACCUGCUGCAGCUAGACCGUCACACCUGUAAGGACGAGGACGAGUGUGAGGCCAAGACUCACAGAUGCCAGCAGGAGUGUGUAAAUACUGCUGGUGGAUAUGCUUGUGCUUGUGCCCUGGGAUAUACUCUCAGCUCCGACACCUUCACCUGUGUGGAUGUGGAUGAAUGUGAGCUAGAGAACGGCGGGUGUGAGCACCAGUGCCACAACACAAGAGGCUCCUACAUGUGUUCCUGCCACUGGGGAUAUGUUCUUGUUGACCACACUCGCUGUGACAUGGUGGAGGGGCAGUACACACCUCAGGACACUCUUGGGGACCUGGACUCUGCAACCAUCACUGAGGAUUCAGAGGUCGUGCUUGACACUGCAGCUAGUGAUGCUGACUUGCCAGAAGACGUCACAUAUGCUGAGUAUGCUAAAAUCACCACCCUUCAGACACGUUGUGUCCCAGGCUACUUUGGUUUCAACUGCACAUUAACCUGUGAUGACUGUCCUGGUCAGUGUGAUGCUUCUGGUUGUGUGUGUCCAGCUGGCACUACUGGCCCCACCUGCUCCCUCACUUGUCCAUCUGGCACCUAUGGUCCAGAUUGCAACCAGGUGUGUCGCUGCGAGAAUGGAGGCACCUGUCACCCUGUGUCAGGUAACUGCUCAUGUCCACCUGGAGUAUCAGGUGAGCUCUGUGAAGACGGAUGUUCUGCAGGUAAGUUCAUGUCUUAUAGCUACGCUUUUAUCUAA